GUGGCUCCACUGAUACGUGCACUGAAUAGGACAGCUAAUAAAAGUUUUCCUGCAGUCCCUGCAGCCAUGAAGCUUCGACUGCACUUUGUGGUGGACCCCAUGGGCUGGCUGUGCAUCAGCAUGGUAUUUGGGAUCUGGUUGUACAACACGUUCUUCAUUCCUAAGCUGGUUCUGCUUCCACACUACAAUGAAGGACACAUCCCCUGGGCCACAGUUGUUUGUUAUUACAUAGCAUCAGCACUCUGCAUAGCGGCCCUCGUCAGAGCUUCGACAGCAGAUCCCGGGCGUCUUCCUGUGGACCCCCACAUACCUCACUCUGAGCGAGAGCACUGGGAGCUGUGCAAUAAGUGCAACUUAAUGAGACCUAAAAGGUCCCACCACUGCAGUCGUUGUGGCCACUGUGUACGCAGGAUGGACCACCACUGUCCUUGGAUCAAUAACUGCGUGGGAGAAGACAACCACUGGCUUUUCCUGCAGCUCUGUUUCUACGCUCAGGUCCUAAGUUUGUUCACCCUGGUGUUGGACUUCUGCCAAUACUAUUACUUCCAGCCACUGACAGGACUAGACCAGGAGAAGUUUACGACACGCCAUGAACUGGCUCUGCUGCGAGUCUCAGCGCUCAUGGGUGUGGUCAUGUUCGGUGGCAUGACCAGCUUGUUUUAUACACAGAUGACGGGCAUCCUGUCUGAUACUACCACCAUUGAGAAAAUGGCUCAGUUCUCAAAUGAAAUAUACGGCUCAAAGAGAUCCUGGCAGUGGGCACUAGCUGAAGUUUGCGGCACUCGCUGGAAACUCCUGUGGUUCCUCCCGCUCCGAAACAGGCAGCCGCUCCAAGCCAGCCACCACUCCCGCGCCCACGUGUAGGUCGGUAGCGCUACACUACCUCCUGCCUGCACAGAUGCUACGGGCUGCCAUGAUGAAACACUGUAUACACACUUAAAGAAUCCAUCUGCUCGCCUUCACCGUCCUCUUUUGUGCUAUGGGAACUGGGCAGCAGUCUUGGUUUGUCAGUGGAUA